GUUCUAUUUUUUAAUGUAACGAUAUUUUUUUGUAAUAAAAAAUUUAUGGGUUUGGCAGAAGUAAGAAAUAAGCAAAAAAUAGGAAAGGAUCCUAGAAAUAUGAAAUGGGUGAAAGAUAUAAAUAGGUUCGGAUUUAAGUAUCUUUUAUCUUAUGGAUGGAAGUCUGGACUAGGUCUUGGGAAAAAUUAUCAUGGAAAAGUAGGAAAUGUUUCUAGUUUUAUUGAAAAGAAGCAAUUUAUUUUGAAUCCUUCUUUUUCUUCAGUUGGCUUAAAUGAUUUAAAUGAAAUAUUAGGACGUUUAAAUAAUCAAAGUUUUCAUACUGAAAGUCUUGAUUCGUAUAAUAACCAUGCUAUAUCUUCAAAGAUUCAUAUGAAUGCUUUGGGUAGUAGUCUUUCAACGAGAUUCGUUAAAGGGAAACCUUAUAAGACGGGAUUUACUAAACAUUUAUAUAAAGUAUGAGAAAUCAUAUGAAAUAUCGAAAAAUAUGCUUAAAAGGUUCAUGAAU